GGCGACGAUGAUAAUAAAAAAAACCAGCGUUAGCGGAUCCCUUAUCUCUCCGUCUCUCUCUCGGCGUCCGACGUACAUGUCGUCCGGUCGUCGGUGUUGUUGUUAUUAUUAUUAUUAUUAUUAUUUUUAUCAUCGUUACCGCACAACGACGACGACGACGAUGACGGUAUUAUUGAUGUAAUUAUUGUUAUUGUUGCCGUUCCACAUGCACGCGCGUAACGCGUCGCCGUCGCGCGAUCUCCGUCUUGCCGGCACAUCGUUCGUCCGACGGCGUUUCGCCCGGUGAACGUGCGUGCGCCCAGUUCGCCGGAUCCGGCGCCGUCCGUCCAACCGACCGCAUGCCCAACAGGGGCUCCGAGCACUUCCGCUGUCGUGUUGAUGUCUACCGACAACUGUAGACGACUGUAGCCCGUUUUCAAUUUAUAAUAAUGGAAAAAGAAAACAAAUGUAAAGCUUAAUAAUGGUUUCAUACUCAGAUAGUGUAACAUCUAAUUUAACGGCUAUCGCCAAUAAUAAUAUUCAACAAACAGAUCAAGCAAUAUUUGAAGCUGAUAAGCGAGCUGUUUAUAAGCAUCCACUUUUUCCUUUACUAGCAUUACUUUUUGAAAGAUGUGAACAAGCCACUCAGUCAGCAGCAAUUUCAAAUUCUGAAAGUUUUAAUAUGGAUAUACAAGCAUUUGUUCAACAUCAAGAAAGGGAUAGAAAACCAUUUUUAAUUAAUGAUACAGAAAUAGACGGACUGAUGAUUAAAGCUAUUCAAGUAUUACGAAUACAUUUAUUGGAACUAGAAAAAGUUCAAGAAUUGUGCAAAGAUUUUUGUAGUAGAUACAUAACAUGUCUAAAAAUUAAAAUGCAAAGUGAAAAUUUAUUACGUUCUGAUUACACAUCGGGUUACAUAGAAAAUAAUAGCAGUGGUAACUCAAGUAAUAGCAAUUCUCCAUUAUGCCAUUCUCCACACCAUAGUCAGGUGAUAUCCUCUUCAGGAGUUUCUGUGCGGCAGUCUGGAGACAACGAUGCUAUAAAACCAAAAACAAUAAUGGAUUUAAAAAACAUUACCUGUCUUUUGUCAAAUAUACCAUCCUCCACAUCCAUAGAAAUGAAAGAUGUAUCUCAAGUCUCAGAUGUUUCCCAACUUGAUUUGACAGUCACUAAAUCUACACUUCAAAACUCUUCUUUAGAAAAAACACCAUUAUCAGCAAUCGGUACAAAUGUAUUACAGAAUAAUGUUUCUAUUUUACAUGGUUCCUUAUCAGCUACUAGUGGUGGCUCUUGUGAUGAAGAAGAUGACUACUUUGGGAGUAAAAAGAAAAGGCAACAAAAAAGAGGAAUUCUCCCUAAACAGGCUACAAGUGUAAUGCGAUCUUGGCUUUUUCAACAUUUAAUUCAUCCUUAUCCAACAGAAGAUGAAAAAAAAAUUAUUGCCGCACAGACUAAUUUAACAUUGUUACAAGUAAAUAAUUGGUUUAUCAAUGCACGAAGACGAAUAUUACAACCAAUGCUUGAUGCGUCUACCCCUGAUAUUGCUGGUGAACAAAACUUUACUCUUUCUAAAGAUAAGUCUGCAAUUGUUGAUAAUAACAAGUUUUCAUGGCCUGCUGAUGAUUUAUUACAAUCUCAAAAUGUCAAUGAAAAUUCAAAUGAAUCAAAUUUUGGCGAAAGUGAAGCAGAAGAUGAUGAUGAAGAAGAAGAAAUUAGUGAUAUUUUUUCUCAACAUAGUGUUAAUGAAUCAGAUUAGUCAGUGUUUUAAGAAUAAUCUUAAUACAUUGUACAAUGUAUAUGAAACAGUAAUCAUUUUAUAUGUAUGUAAAAAGUACAUAUUAUUAUAUUAUAUACAGUCAAUGUUAAUGUUAAAUAUAUUUAAUAUAUUUUACAUAUUAGAAGACGAGAGAUAAUUAACUAAUAACUUAAAUAAUAUAAUUUAUUGAAAACACAUUGAUAUGUUUCAUAAAGUGUAUUAAAUGUACUUAAGUGGUUUAUUAAGAUUAUAAUUAUCAAUAAAUCAAUUGAUAAAAUGUGUUAUUAUUAAAUAAAUAAAUGUUCCAAGCCUUUAUAAGUAUUAUAAGUAAUAAUAACUAAUCAAUGACUGUAAAAACAAUUUGUACAAAAGUAAAUUUUAUUUAGAAUAACAAUGUUUGAGAUUUAACUAGAGUUAUUGCAUCAUUUAAAUACAUUAUAGAAAUAUAAUAUUAAAUGCUAAUGAUUUAAAAAAUAAAAUUACAGUCUAUUCCAAAUAAGAGUAUAUCGGUUUGUGCAUUGCUCGUGACCCUAAUCCCCCCAUCCACAAUCUAUGGGGUUUAAGCUUAUUAACAAAUAGGGUCGUCAAACAAAAACUGGUUAGGUGAUCAGUAUAUUUUUAUUUGAAAUGGACUAUGUAUUGUAAUUUCAUUUAUAUUUCAAAAUCUUGAGUUGUCUUAAUAUUUUUAAUAUUAAUUUGUUAACCCGAUUACUAUAAAAUUAUAUUUUUAAUGUGUUCUUUUUUUUUUUUACAUAAGAUUAGAACAUCAUUAAUGAAAUAAUAAUACUACUUUUAUGAUCAAUUUCCACCUAUUAUAAUAAUUAUUCAUAAUAAAAUUGCAGCAGUGUUCCUCAGCCAAUAUUUUAACGCUUUGAAAAUAAAUGUUAAAAGAACCAUAAUACAAUCUGUAGUGGAUGGCAAAUUUUCAAAUUUACUAAUUUGUUAUCUAUAUUAAAUAUAUAUACAUUUAAAAUUAAUUCUUAUUUCAUAAAUGUAAUUGCUUAUAUUGUAUAUUUAUAACUUUUUUUGUUGGUUUAACUCUUUCAUUACUUAAUUAUACAUUUUUUUGAAAAAUUGUUUAUAUUCAUACCUACUCAAUUAUUUUUAGAAAUCUAUGUUAACUUAUUUUUUAUUCUCAUUCUUGUCUUAUACUAUAUAUUAUUGUAAACAAAUUAAUUAUAUUUUAGGAAAAGUCUGCAUAAUUAUUAUAAUAAAUAUUAUAUAAUACAUCUUCAGUAUAAUAUGUAAUCUUUUGUGAACUUUUAAUCGUUUUAGAUUUGAGGUAAUAUAUUAUAAUUUUAGUAGACAUUAAACAAUUCUCUUUAAACAAAUACUCGAUAAAAAUAUUUUGUUAUUUAUUUAUUAUUUUUUUAUUAUAUUUUACAUAUUAUUCAAGAUAAAUGUUUAUGUGGCAACCUUUAAAAAAGUGUAAUUCUUAACAUAAAUUCAUCAUUAUAUUUAAAUCAUGGAUUUUUAAAUGAAAUAAUUUUUUUUUAAAUUUUUCUGAUAUAUUUACAUGUUUUUUUCAUCAUUGAAAUAAUUGUAGAUAAUGUAAAAUCAAUUAUAUUAUACAUGUAUUUUAUGUUUGAUAUAAUACCAUAUAAGUAUAUCAUCAUUUAAAAUUAUACUUGCUUAUUGUUUUAUGUGAAAUAAAUCGUAAAUUGAGUAAUGAUAUAA